CCCGUAACCGCCCACAGAGCCAGGCCAGCAGUGCCCCUGCAGCACCAUCAGGCGUGGAGCACAGCCCACCAGCACAGGAUGCAGAGCAGCUCCCGCUGGGGCAGGUCCCUGCAGCUCUCCCACGAUGGAUGCUGUGGUGCUUAAAAAGAAGGGCUACAGCCUCGGUGACACUCUUGGAGAAGGCUCCUAUGGCAAAGUGAAAGCUGCCUACAGCCACCGCCUGAAACGCAAAGUGGCCAUCAAGAUCAUUGACAAGAAGAAAAUUUCUCAGAAUGUCCUGGAAAAAUUUCUCCCCAGGGAAAUGGAAGCUUUGAUGAGACUGCACCACCCCGCAAUCAUCGAAACGUAUGAGAUUUUUGAGACAUCCUCUGGGAAAGUGUACAUUGUGAUGGAGCUGGGGGAGAAGGGGAGCCUCCUGAACUACCUGACCAGCCAGGGCGCGAUGGACGAGAACGCCGCCCGCCGCAAGUUCCAGCAGCUGGCUUCUGCCAUCAAGCAUUGCCAUGACUUGGACUUUGCCCACAGGGACCUGAAAUGUGACAACAUCCUUCUCGAUAAUGAUCUCAACUUCAAGCUGUCAGACUUUGGCUUUUCGAAACCCCUGGCUCGAGAUGGAAAUGGAAAAACCAUUCUCAGCAGCACCUUCUGCGGCUCUCUUGCGUACUCAGCCCCUGAGCUGCUCGAGCACAUUCCUUGUGACCCCAGGAUUUCAGACAUGUGGAGCCUGGGCAUUAUCCUGUAUGCAAUGCUUUUUGCUUCACAGCCGUUUGACAGUUCCAACGUCAGGGAAAUGCUCCAGGUUCAGAAACAACGGAAGAUUCCCUUCACGAAGGGAAAAAAUCUCUCAACAGACUGCAAGAACCUCAUCACCCACUUGCUCCACCCUGACGUGUCCCAGAGGCUGUGCAUAGAUGAUGUUUUGAGACAUCCCUGGCUGCAAAACGUAAAACUCACACGCAGCCUGCGAUCCACAAGUGACUCCAAAGCCUGUGGCAAGAAAAGCCCCAAAAACAACAGGAUGGGAAACCCCAUUGUGCGUAAGUGUAUGGAGUGGAGGAGGAAAUCAGAUUCUCUUAAGGAUGCUUUCCUUUAACAGGGCCACAGCCUUGGCCUAACCUGUGAACUGCAUUAGUUUAAACUCACAUUAAAGAGAACCUGUCUAAAA